AUGUUCCGCGCACAGCAAAAUGCAUUUGACGAUGCCGUUGCCAAGGCGACGGAUGAGAACUUGACAUCGGAAAAUUGGGAAUUUAUUCUUCGGCAAAUUACCGAUUUUGACCGGCAGAAGGAGGAAGAGGAACUUCAGAUGGCGCUCGCAUUGUCUAUUAAGGAUAAAUCUUCUUCUUCUUCAACCCAGAACAACACCGCUGCACAGCGUACGACCAGUCAGGAUAGCCAGGGCCAGCCUGCACCGUCCCAGCUUCUUCCAUCAGGUACUACCGCAGCCACCGUUUCUCGGGUUCGAGCCCUAUAUGACUUUCAACCAUCUGAGCCCGGAGAACUCCAGUUCCGCAAGGGUGAUGUUAUUGCGGUGCUCGAAUCUGUUUACAAAGAUUGGUGGAAAGGUUCUCUGCGGGGCCAAACCGGAAUCUUCCCCCUUAACUAUGUUGAGAAACUAUCAGAUCCCACCCAAGAGGAGCUCCAAAGAGAAGCUCAAAUGGAGGCUGAAGUUUUCGCCGAAAUAAAAAAUGUAGAGAAACUUUUGACGCUUUUGAGCACCAACGACUUUACCCAACUUAAUGAAAAGUUCAUCAAAGCUCGAAGAGACUACGAAUCCCUUCUAGAGGCCUCGAUGGCCCAUCCAUCACAGCCGCAUUACGGACGGCCGCCACAGUCUGCAUACAGCUAUCCAGUGCAAAGUGCAUCCCCUGGAUACCCUCAGGGGGUUCAACAGGACGAAGCCCAUCAUUACUAUGCCGCUCACCCACAAGACGGCCCAAAACCUUUCCAAUCUAGCCAAACUCCGUUCUACAGCUCCGAGCAAGUUCCGCUCCCCUACCCGAACAAUGUGCAGACUCCUGAUACCAGACAACGAACACCCAGCGGCACACGCCCCUUGCAACAAUCUCAGCAGCAACCCCCCUCUGACACGUACGGAGCAAAUGGUCUUGUUCAUAACCACGCUCAGAAUUCCUCCGACCACCCCCAGGAGCUUGGAACAUCAGUAUAUGACUCCCCGCAAGACAGCGUCCCGCCAAAUAUUCGACAUUCUUACCACUCGCCAAGCCAUCAACCAAGCCACCAGGUUCAACCACAGCCGGCUGACUUUUCUUCUCUUCCAUACUCGCCUGUGGGUAACCCCCAGUCACAAACUCCAUCUCUAAAUCAACCUUAUACUGCACAAUCACACCCACCUCAACAUAUUCAACAGCAUCAACAGCUCGCUACGUCAGCUCCUAGCCAACCUCACCAAGCACCUCCAUCUGUCCCAUCCAGUAGUCCAGGUCAGCCUCCGUACCCUACAGCCCCUGCUGCAGCGCGGCCAGGACCAGGCAGUGGGAGUUACCAGUCCUAUCAUCCACCAAGCGGCCCACAAGCAACUUCUUCAAACGUAAACCUAAACCCAAGUUCCUUCUAUCGGUAA